AUGGCCGCUGAUUUUGCAGACGAAGAAUUUGUUAGGGAAGAUGCGAAUGAUCUUGAUGUUAUAAUUGUAGGCGCUGGUUUAACUGGUCUUACAUGUGCAUACAAUAUUCUGAAAAAGAAAACUGGGUUAGAUGUCUUAAUUAUCGAGGAAAAUAACGAAGUCGGAGGUCGUAUUUUGCCUAAAGCUUUUAGCGAGACCUAUCAUGCAAAUUUCUUACAAGAGCAUAUAACUGAUUUAAUAAAAACAUUGGACCUAAAUAUUGAUCGAAGAAAAAUAAUUGAUAUGAGAAAAAGAAUAUUGUGUACAAACUAUAGACCUUCACAAAAUUUACCGAAAUAUUAUGGAGCUGAGAUGGAAAAAGAAGCUAUAGCACUUAAAUUAAGCACAAAUACUAUGCAUAAUGAAAUAGAACAUCUCGCUGAAACAAGUGUAGAAGAACUAUUACGUAAAAUUGUUUAUUUUUCCUUCGCACGUUCAUUAUGUCGAGCAUAUAUUUGCAGUUCAUGUGCCAUGCGAAAUCUCAACGAUAUUUCUGUUCUUUGGUUGCUUUCCGUACUGAACGGUGCUCUUGGUCUUUUCAAUCGAUUAAGGAUUAUGUUUGGUGAUAAUAAUCGAUAUUUCAUACAAGGUGGUGUAACUAAAAUUGCUCAUGAAUUGUUAGAAAACAUUUUACGAUUGUAUGGUAAAAUCAGAUACGCAGAAGUAGUUAAUGAGAUUAAAUUCAACGAUGAUCGAGUAUACGUUCUAACAGAAAAAAAUCAUUUCAGAUGUGAAUUAGUAGUGAUAGCAGUACCACCGCCAAUGCAUAAUCGCAUUAUCAUUAAGCCAUCAUCUCAAUGUUUAUUAAAUACUCAAAUUCUGUAUAUACCAAGCAAGAAUGUAUUCUUUAAUGUAACUUAUAAAAAUCUACAUUGGAAUGAUAAUUCCCUAAAGGACGUCGUCACUACAUGGGAUUCGAACAGCAAUUUAAAUAUUGUUUAUGAUGUAACUCGCAACAAUUCAGAAAGAUUUAUGCUUUCUGGAUUUCUUGCAGAACCUGAUUCCACUCAGACUAACAGAAAAGGAUUAUUUAAUACAUUAAAUCAGUGUUUCGAAACUGUAGAUACCUCGAAAUUUUUGCAAUAUAAAGAAUACAAUCACUUUUCGAAUGAUCAAAUGAAAGGUGGUAGUCCUAUGAGUGUUAUGAUGCCCACCUCCAUCAACAACUAUAUCAACUACAUGGGUACCACGUUUGAAAGGAUCUUCUUUGCCUCCAGUGAAUAUGCUACUAAUUGGCCGGGAACUAUAGACGGUGCGAUAGAAGUUGGAAAAAUGACUGCUUAUUCGAUUCUGUAUAGAAUUAGACCACAGGUGCUUACUUCUCAUGAAAUAGCCAGUCUUAAGUACGUAUUUUAUAUUAUUGUAAUGAAAUAUUACUUUGCUCUCAAAAUAAAUGCACCUAUACCGUGGAAACAGCAAAUUUUUCAGAACAAAAAUAAUCAAAAAAUUCGUGCCAGUUAUUUAAAAUUUAAACAAAACGCCCAAAAGUCGGAUGUUGAACUUUGA